CUGCUUUAAAAGGCGGACGCUGCUCUGUAGUGCAGCGGCUUGUGGAAAGUCUAAUGUUUAUGUUCGGGAUUUGCUCACAAACUUCACAGAUUUAACCGGUUAAUGUUUAAAUGUAACCGUUUGCAGCCUCGGUACGGCCUCUGUGGGUGUUUUUAGAGAGGCGGCAGGAGGAAAGCAGCUUGCUGAGUGCACUCGUGAACAGUUUUAGUGAGUGAGGUUCACAUUAGCGGUGGAGGAGCCGAGUCUGAAUCCGAGCGCCGCGCCACUGAACCGGGGCUUUUGCCCUGUGCUCGCCCGCUGGAUGUGGUCUGGGUGUAUGUGAGACAGACUGAGCAAACAAACUGCCAGUCUUUUCGUGACUGUCAUGCAGAGUUUGUAUCCCUGGCCAAUUACCAGCUCUCAAAUCUGCAGCCCUGCGGUGUUUACAGUAGUUAAUCUUCUGCAGGCGAAAGCUUAAGCAGCUUGUCUAUCAACAGCUAGUCGUUAUUCAGGGCUGCGACUCGGUCUCGCUUUCUUUCCAAGCAUUUCGAGUCUCCAUGGAUUGAGAAAAAUGAAGGGGUCCUUUACUGCUUUGCGUUGCAUGCUGCAGACAUCCAGGCAUCAUGGUGUUUUCUCAUCACUGGCUCGGAGGCUGUCUUCAGCCAGCGGACCAGGACCAAAGGUGUGCAUAGUGGGAGGUGGUCCAGCAGGGUUUUACACAGCACAACAUCUCCUGAAGGCCCGGGACGACAUGGUUGUGGAUGUCUAUGAGCGACUACCUGUUCCGUUUGGCCUGGUUCGAUUUGGAGUGGCCCCAGAUCACCCAGAAGUCAAGAACGUCAUCAACACGUUUACUCAGACGGCCCAGCACGAGCGCUGCUAUUUCUACGGCAACGUGAACGUGGGUACGGAUGUCAGUGUGGAGGAGCUAAGGAAAGCUUACCACGCUGUUGUACUUAGUUAUGGGGCAGAAGCAAAUCGCUCUAUGAGAGUUUCAGGGGAAGGCUUGGCUGGUGUGUUCUCAGCCAGAGACUUUGUUGGAUGGUACAACGGACUUCCCAGCAACAAAGAGCUCCAGCCACAUCUGAACUGUGAGACGGUGGUGAUUUUGGGGCAAGGCAAUGUGGCGCUGGACGUGGCCAGAAUCCUGCUAUCUCCUCUGGACUUGCUGAAGAAGACCGAUAUUACCCAACAUGCGCUAGAUACUCUUGCAGCCAGUCGAGUGCGCAGGGUUCUAAUAGUGGGACGAAGGGGGCCUCUGCAAAUCGCAUGCACCAUUAAGGAGGUGAGGGAGAUGAUUAACCUUCCUGAUACUGCAGCUGACAUGCUUCCCGCUGACUUUGAAAGCAUAUCUGAGGCUCUGAAAGACCUGCCCAGGCCGAGGAAGAGACUGACGGAGCUAAUGAUGAAGACGGUGAAAACGGAGAGUGGACAACAUAAAGCAAAUAAGAGCUGGGGCUUCCGUUUCCUUCGCAGUCCUCUGGAAGUGCUCCCUGGGCCAGAUGGGAAAAGAGUUGCAGGAAUUCGUUUGGCUGUCAACAAGCUUGAGGGCUCUGGGGAGGACGCUAAAGCUGUGCCCACCGGCCAGACGGAGGAUCUAGAGUGUGGUAUGGUCAUCAGCAGCAUUGGCUAUAAGAGUCUACCUAUUGAUCCAUGUGUGCCCUUUGAUCCUCGCAGCGCCAUAGUUCCCAACAACAUGGGACGAGUGAAGGACACAGCAGGGCUGUACUGCAGUGGCUGGGUAAAGCGUGGUCCGACCGGCGUGAUCGCCACCACUAUGAAUGACAGUUUUGAUACAGCACGAAUGCUACUGAAGGAUAUGGAUUCAGGAAUGCUGAACCUGUCCGUGAACAAACCUGGUGGUCAGGAGAUCACAGCCUUACUCAAAGAAAGAGGUGUGAGAGCAGUUUCCUUCCCAGAGUGGGAGAAAAUAAACUUGGAAGAAGUGCGGAGAGGAACAGCUGUUGGAAAGCCCAGAGAGAAGUUUCUUGAUGUGAAAGAUAUGCUGGCAGUAGCUUGGUCCUGAACACAGCUGGAACAGUUCUCAACAACCUCAACAAAUCCCACUUCAUCAUUCUCUAGGUUUGAUUUGAAAGGGGCCAGCUUCCUUUUUAAACCUUCUUCUUACGGAUGUAGAGUGUGUAGACAAGAUGUCUUCAAUUCUGGACCUCACAUCCAGUCCUGGAGUUCAUAAUUGCUGCUGGCUAAAUUGAACAGUUUAUGUAACUGUUGGCAACUUCAAUACACAUGACUUUUGGAUUAAAAAAGAGUAUUUACUCUUGCAGUAAAUCAGUACCCGUCAAGUCAAACUGCUGUGAAAGCCCAUUAUACCUUUUAAAAGAAAAAAAAAUGUAAAGAAAUGAAAACUGUCAAUAAUGAGCACAAGGGUCAGUAGUUAGCAAAUGAGAUCAUCAUCACAGUUGAUGGGGACCAUAAACCUACAUUCAUCUUUUGCACUGUUAUCAUUUUGCCUCAUCUUACCACUUUUUUAUUACAUGGCGCCAGGUUUCCCCAAAGCAUAGUAGUUUUAAAAGCAUCUGAAGGUUUACAAGGUUUGCACAGCUUAAAACAGCUGGUUUUAAUACUCUUAAUGAAACUUGGCUCUUUGUUAAUCAUAUCCAGCAGGGAAACCUCUAAGCUGGGCGGCACCACAGCCACCUCAAGAACCCUAAUCCAGUGAUCAGUGAUGUUCAGUAAUUAGGUACAUGACAGAUGUGAAAAAGGCCUUACAGUAAUAUGUUUAGUGUUUGUCUUUUAAUUAUAUGAGAUAAUUGUCUUUGUAAUAUACUUAAUAUAUUUAAUAAAAUUAUAGUAAUACAUCAUUAUUUGUGUAUGUGUACAAGAAUAAGACAGAGAGGAAAAGAGAAAGAGGUAUCACAUUUGUGGUAAAAUUCACUGUCCCUAUAAUAAAGCUGCACUAUGUAA